UAAUUGUGGUCCUUUUCAACCCAAGUCAUUCUAUGAUUCUUCUAAGUACUUACAAUCAAACUACCAAAAGCCAAGUCAGCCUGACGGCGGAACCAAGAUGCAGAGGGGGAAGUCGGAUGGUGAGGACUGUGACAGACAGGGUGGGGGGAAGAAACACUCCCAUGUGGGCAUAUGGUCUGGAAGGAAAGAGUAGCAGAGGAGAGUGGGACAUGCCCAGCAACUUUGGUGCUUCAACAGCUACAAGGUAGUUCUGGUACUGAGAGAGACAAAGCUACUUCCUACAGAACCUGCAGAGCCAUUGUGAGCUGAUAGGCUUGUAUGAAGGAAGAGUGAUUCUGCUGGGUAUGAACUGAAAGCAGUGCCAUUGAAUUGGCAUCUACUUCUGACCAGAAACCCAUAUUUUCUAGCAUGUAGCCUUUACUGACACAAUCUGAGUACUUGUACAAAAUAAAGAAGGAAGUCUUCAAGAACCCAAACCUUGUGCCUCCAUAAAUACUGGGUAUUUUCCAUUGCUUCUGUGGGGAGCGAAGUUAAAAUGUAGCUUGCUGUCCAAUUUGUCACCCUUCCUCUUGCCUGAGGGCCCCCAUUGUAACAAGAAAAACAUCACUGAAUUGCUAUUGAUUUCAUAAUAAAGCAAGAGUUUACAAAAUGAAUGGUCAGUUUGGACCCUUGACCUACAAGAGAACUCCUGCUGGUGCUGACGGAGAUUGCGUUAAAGAAAAUUAUGCUCCUUGGAGUACCAGCAUUUAUUUCUAUGUGAUUAAUGAAAAUGCUCGUUUUUCUUUCACUCUGGAAUUUGGCCUGAUUAAUGAGUUUCAUUUUUGAUUGAAGUGUUUGUUUUUACAAGUGGGGUUACUUUGAAACUGUUCUAAUUACGUGGAAGAUGUUUUUCUGAAAAACAAAGGCAUAAUUAAAAAAAGAAUUACCCUUCUUUACCUUCCCAGAGGAACUCCAUGACUUCCCAAAAGGAGCAGAAGAGGUUUCGUGUUCAGAAAACAGGGCAAGGGCUUCAUUCUCUGUUCUCAUAAGGGACUGAUUAGGGCAUUAGGACAAAGACACUGAUUAGCCGUUAAUUUGAUAUGAUACAUUACUUAUUUAAUUAUAUUUCUCAAACCUGCUGUAUUAACAGACUCAUUUAUAUGCAAAUAAAAAUAAUUUUGCCAGUGCCAUAAAUACUCAAUGUUUCCAUUGAGAACCCCAAAGAUUUAUGUUACAUUUACAAACAGUAGCAGAGAAUGGUGUCUCAGUUACCCAGUGCUGUUGAAAAUCGCAUAUAACCCUUUAAAAAUGUUUUACAGGUCACAGAGCAUUGCAAAUGUGUCCAUAAUUGCCUCGUUUAUACCUGAGAAAAUCAGUCUGCUGAACAAGAACACUGAAAUAACUGUCAAAAUAUGUUUUCAGGCUACAUUUAGACCUGCUAAGAGAGAUAAUCAAGUGGCUAUAAAGUGCAAUGCAACACUGGAUGCAGAUCUCCAGUCCUCCCGAGUGACUUCUAGAGGACUUUUCAAAGAAAGUAAUGAAAGGUAUAUGCAGAGGGAUGUUGUGGUGACUCAUUCCAUGAAUUGUGUUCAGGACAUCUUCAAUGUACAGGAACCUUCUGAUGCAGUCAAUUCCCUUAAUGUGCGCAUUGACAUUUUCCUAGCAAAUCCAGGCACCAGCCCUGUACUUGAUACAUCUUCUCCUGCAUCUGUGGCCUACAGUAUUCCUUUUAUUAAAGACUGUGGUGAAGAUGAGCUUUGUAUCUGUGAUCUUGUUCUGAACGUACAGCAGAAGGGAGAUGACGGCAAACAGCAGUUCAUUGUCAGCAGCAAAAGCAAAAGACUAACAUUCAACAUGAAAUUGAAAAAUAAAGAAAACGCAUAUAACACCAGAAUCCAGGCUACAUUUUCAGACAACUUGUUUUUUGCUUCUUCCUCCUUACCGAGCGAUGGGACUGAAGUCUCAUGUCAGACAGGAACAUCUCAAACUACAGUCAUCUGCCAGAUAAGCUAUCCUGUUUUCCGAACAGGACAACAGGUGUCUUUUGAUAUUAGUUUUGAUUUUAACCUUAAGAAUCUUCAGAAUAUGGCAGUUCUAAGUUUUCAUGCACUGAGCGAAAGUAAAGAAGAGCAAGAACUGGACAACCAGAUCAGCUUGUCAAUUCCUUUGCGGUAUGAUGCAGAAAUUCACUUCACAAGGCUUGCCAACAUCAACUUCUAUGAAGUAUACUCUGGUCAUAACAUUCCUUCCACUGUGAAUAAUUUUGAAGAUAUUGGCCCCACAUUCAACUUCUCAGUGAAGGUAACAACAGGAAGUAUUCCAGUGAAGAUGGCAUCUGUGAAAAUCCAUCUUCCCGAAUUAACCAGCAAAGACAACCCAUUGAUGUACAUAACUGCAGUUGAUACAGAUCAGGCCAGAGGUGUUACUUGUCAAGUUCAGAUAAAUCCACUGCAGAUAGGAAAAAGACCUUACUCUGCAUCUUUCAAGAAAGAAAACCUCAGAGCUGUGAAAGAGCUGAACUGUAAGAAUGCAAAGUGCAGUACCAUCACAUGCAAACUGGAAGACCUCGUGCUGAAGGGAGAGUAUUUUGUGAACGUGUCCACCCGAAUCUGGAACAGUACCUUUGCUGUUUCCACUUUCCAGACAUUGCAACUCUUUGCUGAGGCAGAAAUCAAUGUGCACAAUACUGAUUUAUUUAUAAUUGGAGAAAAUACCCUAACUAUUCCAGUUACAAUAAUAAAGCCAGAUGAGAAAGCUGAGAUACCAAUUGGUGUUGUGAUUGGCAGUAUCUUGGCUGGACUCCUCUUGCUGUUAGUACUGGUUGCUGUUUUAUGGAAAUUUGGCUUCUUCAAGAGACAGUAUGAAAAAAUGACACAGGAUAUAGAAGAUAUUGAUGAAAUUACAGAACUCACGAAAUACAAAGACUGAAGAUGUAUUAUGUGGAUAAAGAGAGGAGAUCUGAGCCACCCAUAGAAAUUGUGAUCCAAUCAGUUCUUCAGCUGGAGUGCCUUAAAGCUUAAUAACAUUUAAACAUUUUUAAUUAAAGUGUUGGGUUUUUUAAUAGAUGAAAAUAUUUUACAGAUUCUGCUCUAUUAUAAGAGUAACUGCAGGACAGUUUGUUGGUUUUGCUUUUUCAAAAGUGAUUUAUAGUGCCUUUUCUUGUAUAUUUUUGCCUUUCAAACAAACUUAGCCCUUAGAACUGGCAGGUCCGGAGUUUACAGUAACGUAUUGUGCCAGCAACACUUCUCCUGAUCCACUGCAGAGUGAAACAGAACAACUUAUUUCAGAUUAUUGUGGAACAGCAUCAGUUCGUAAUUCAGUUGACAAGUACCAUAUGUGUAAAGGACACUUUCUAUUACACUGAUGAUGAAUGUGUGGUGAAUACUGCUUCCAGACUGGGAGAAAAAAAUUCAUUUUUUCAUUGACUAGCUCCAUCCUUAUUGUUUUACACAAAUUUAUACAAGCAAACCUUUGUCUUAACUAAUCUAUGAAAUGAGAACUAUGUAAGAAGACAUCUAUCUGUGUGCUACAGGGCAACUGGAUGGGCAUACUGUUCCAAAAGGUCACCAUUUCCUCGCACUAAGGUCACAAAUUACUGAAGUAUACUGUUUUUGGAAAAAACUGCCAAAUGAUACAUGUAACUGCCUUCUGAAUGCUGUCUCUGAAAAGAAAAUAAGAAUUUCGUAAUCACUUACACCAUGUUCUCUGCCAUGUUAUGACUGGCUUUCAAAUUUCAUCUGGAGAAGAACUACCAAUACUGUUACGCUGGGCUUUAUGUGCACAGGCCACCUGACAUCAGUUUAGCUUUUGGCAUAAAUAGAGAACAGAGUCAAAAUCUUGCCCUUAAUUCUGUACUGGAAGAUUUUGCAAUAGUAAGAGCAUGAGGUGAGCAAAAGGGGAUAUGACUGAGGUCGUAUGCACAUGUUAGGACAGAAAACAGAGAUCUUGUAGGUCUUUUCCAACCUUGGUGAUUCUAUGAUAAAUUACACACUGCACUUGCUUUUUUAAGCAUCUCAGUGGUCUCCAGGAGACCAAAGUUCAGUGUGAGCUACAUACCUGUCAUUUUUUUAUUUGGUUGUCUUCAUGUCUUGAAGAAGUUAGCUUGUAUUUUACAUAAUAAAGUACUGUAAAGCUCUGCAAGAACUCUGAGCACAGUUGGGUCUUUGUGUAAGCUACACACUCAAAUUUAUCACGUGCUGCCCAGUUUUAAUGAUAGAUCAGUCAGAAGGCCCUGUAAGACUGGUAACAGUCAGGGGAUUUGGCCUUCUGUCUGCCUUUCACUUUCAUAGCUGGUGGUUACUUAAGUGCAGUUGUGACAGAAGAUGCAUGUGUUGUCUUUAUGGAUAAUGCCACAUAACUAAGAUUGUUUCUGACUUGAUGCGAUUUACUUGAAGAGUAAAACAUGUAAAUGUGCCUAACUGACACAAAACCUGAAGUUAUGUUUUCUUUCCCCAAAAACUAGUUUGUAAAUACAGUUAGGCACUUUUAGAAUUAUUUUCUAUGGGAUGUUUAAAAAAUUACAUUUGAGCAUGUUUGGAAAUUUUAUUCAGUCUGUUUUUUUAAAUCACUAAAGAUUAAUCAGUCAUGAGCCAAUUAUUUCUUUGGCAAAUAACAGCUUCAUUUGCAUUGACAGCUGGAUUGUUCUCAAUAUGAUUGUAUGUGUUUUUGAUUUAUUUUGUAUCUAUUGAAGGUUACACUUUUGUUCAGGUUUUUUUUAACAUUUUGAAAAACAAUCUGGACUCUGAUCUUGACUGUCAGACAAGAUUGUUGCCAUGAGCUGAGUUUGUGACCAAAAUAAUUAUUUUAAAUUUUUUUCAAAAGGCAAUUAUUCAAACCUAAAGAAUGUGGUCCUGACUUAUAGUUAUGAACCCUGCAAGCAAAUGGUCUAAAAGUAAAGAUAAAAAUUUGUCUGUCUCAAUCACUGUAUAAAGUUGUAAGGAAGAAAACAAAAUCCUACACCUACAUGUGUGAGGGUCAUAUAAUCAAGGCCAUAGGAGGAGUUUCACAACAAAGCAGACUGUAGCAUCUGUCAUUUCUCAUGCUGCCAUACAAGAAAUGAUGUACGCAGUGAGCCAGACUCCCUUCUUCAACCACAGGUGUGAAAUACAGGUCAAUAUCUGACACCCAACAUCUUGGUUAUUUAAUAGUUCAUAGAUAGGACAGCAAUGAUUCAGUUCACCAGUCUACACUGGGUUUUAUUUUGUCCCAGACAACAGGAGUCCUCUCAAUCCUGGGAAUAAUACUUCCCCUGAAAUAAAGGUAAGGCAUAGCAAUGUGCAAGGUUUUCUAUCCUAGCCACUUCAAGUUACUAGUUUUAUUUUUCUUCUAUGAUUAAUACUUACACGGCUAGUUCAGUUUUUGUUAUGGGUGACUUCACUGCACUUUUAAGUUAAGUUGGCACAGCCACAAAUAAUGCUGGAAAUAUUAUGUAUAUUUUGUAUUAUGGAUUUUUAGUUUAUUUUUUUAAAAAAAAAAUAGCAUGUUGCAAAUGAAAUAAUACUCAAAAUGUUGGACUUCAGCAUGUGCUUCUGUUUGUGCUUGCAGCAGAGAAAUCAGGAACUCUUUCAACAAUCUCAAGGUAUAUCUGAUCAUAGUCUUGAACCUAGCUGCUGACUUCUGGAAGUACUAGAAUCAAGUCUAAACUCAGAGUUUCACAUGAGACUACAUUUAGAUGGAAAAGAGAGUAUAAGCAAACAGACUUCUGAAAACUAGUAUGUAAGCUCUCUGGGAGCAGGGACUGUACCUCUGUGAAGCCUACCUGAAGGUCUAAUAGCAUUAUUAUAAUAAAAACAAGAAUACUGCUGAA